AUGAAACUUUUUAUAAAAGAUCUACAACCUUUUAGUGUGGUAGAAGAUACAGGAUUUAAAGAGUUUGUGAACAUGUUAAACCCUGGCUACAAAAUUCCCAACCGGCAUUCGAUUUCCAAAACACUUAUUCCAGCAGCUUAUGAAAAAUAUGUGAAUGAGGUUAAAGAAACAAUAUCAAAUGAAUUAGUAACAGCUUGUUUGACGACUGAUUGCUGGACAUCUAGAGAUAACAAAAGUUACAUUGCCAUAACUGUUCAUUUUAUUGACAACAAUUUUAAUUUGAAGUCUAUAUUAUUAAGUUGUCAUUCAUUCAUUGAGAACCACACAAGUGAGAAUCUUGCUGAGCAAAUAAAUAAAACAUUAGAUGCAUGGAACUUGAAAAGUAAAAUUGUAUUUUCUGUAUCUGACAACGCUUACAACAUUCAAAAUGCAUUAGCACAGUUAAAAUUUAAACAUUUUGGGAUCGAUAAUCCACUAAAAGUCUUACAAGAUGUAGCCACGAGGUGGAAUGCUACAUUCUACAUGCUAGAGCGCUUUGUACAGCUGGAGACUUCUAUACGGGGAACAAUGGGACUUUUAGAUAAUGCGCCACCUUGUUUGAAUUCUGAUGAAUGGACAGCUAUCAAGGAGUUCUGUAACAUUUUACGACCUUUUGAAGAAGCUACUAGAGCAGUGAGUGGAGAUCAAUACAUGACUGCUUCAUUAGUUAUAGUUAUUGCUCAAGGGUUGAAAAAUGUCUGCGAACAAAUGAAAAAUGAAAAUUAUUCUCUCAGAACUUUAGGUUAA